UCUUCUCCAUUAUCCGAAAUCCUCAAAAACUAAGGAGCAAAAUGCUAUUGGAUUUCUCGUAGAUUCAAGUUUCACGAAUUUCUUUUUCAUCUUAUUGCUCGGUUUUCAUGGCCUCUUUCGUGGAAAUCGAUCGGUUCAAUCUUCUUCCGCUCUCUCUAUCUUCGCUUUCCGCCUGCUCAUGCCGUCUUUCUCCGAGCAGAACCCUAAGGUUCAGUCGCCGGUUCUCCAAACUCAAUCUCCGAUUGGUAAUUGAUGGAUCCAAGCGUGUGUUUCCGAUUCGCCAGGCGCGCGUUUACACCAACCGCCGCGUUAUCACGGCCCUGGUUCGAGCCGAGCAGGACCGACUCGACGAGGACAAUGCUAAGGAGGAAGUUGGUGAAGGCCAAAUGUUAUCAACAACAGAAGAUGCUGUUUCUGAUCGUAAACAGAAAGCCAGUCAGUUAAGGAAAAGGAUCUUUUUUGGUCUUGGCAUUGGAAUUUCUGUUGGAGCUAUUGUAUUGGCUGGUGGAUGGGUUUUCACAGUGUCCCUGGCUGCUGCUGUUUUUGUUGGCGCACGUGAAUAUUUUGAGCUGGUUCGGAGUCGUGGAAUCACUUCCGGAAUGACACCUCCUCCACGAUAUGUGUCACGAGUUUGCUCUGUUAUCUGUGCUCUCAUGCCGAUACUUACUUUGUACUUUGGCAAUAUUGAUGUUUCAGUGACAUCUGCUGCAUUUGUUGUUGCUACGGCAUUGCUCUUACAGAGAGGGAAUCCUCGUUUUGCUCAGCUCAGCAGUUGCAUGUUUGGGCUGUUUUAUUGUGGUUACCUACCUUGUUUCUGGGUCAAGCUUCGAUGUGGUUUAGCAGCUCCUGCCCUUAAUACUAGAUUUGGUGCAGCAUGGCCCUUUCUUCUUGGUGGCCGAGCUCAUUGGACAGUGGGUCUUGUGGCAACCUUGAUUUCCAUUAGUUGCAUAAUUGCAGCCGAUACAUAUGCUUUUGUGGGUGGCAAGGCCAUAGGUCGGACUCCACUUACUAACAUUAGCCCAAAGAAAACAUGGGAGGGAACUUUUGUUGGUUUGGGUGGAUGUAUAGCAACUUCUGUUGUGUUGUCAAAGAUUUUUAGCUGGCCAACAUCUUUGCUUGGUGCAAUUGCUUUUGGGUUUCUGAACUUCUUUGGAUCUGUUUUUGGAGAUCUUACUGAGUCGAUGAUCAAACGUGAUGCUGGUGUCAAGGACUCUGGUUCCCUAAUACCUGGGCAUGGUGGCAUACUUGACAGGGUGGAUAGCUACAUUUUCACAGGUGCCCUUGCAUACUCUUUUGUCAAAACCAUCUUACCACUCUAUGGUGUUUGAGAAAAUUUUGAUUAAGAAUGAGCAAAAAUAGCAAAGGGAAAUCCAUUGGUUUUAGUGUGCUGGAGGAGUACAAAAACUGUAAAUGAGCAAAAUUCUUGUCUCAAGAAUUGCCAAGAAGGGAGUUGCAGAUGGUUUUGCGUCUCGACGACGGGUGCAUCAAGCAUUGCUGUUCUUGAGAAUUCUCAUUUUCUUGUAGUCUUCUUGUCUGGAGAUCAAGUCCUUCACCGGCCAAUCAGACCUUGUGGAUCAAUCUCUACAGCAAUGGCUGUCACUGGUACGUUCACCAUAGCCUUAAAGAUUUAUUUUUUUAAUAUAUAAUUUGUUGUAGAAAGAAAUAUUGAAGUUUCAAUUCCAAUUAAAAUAAAUUGUAAUUGAUCUCUGAAUUAUUGAAUCAAUAGCUCCAGACACC